UAGAAAAUUAUAAAAAGUUCUUCAUAUGGAAAGUGCAGUGACUAAUACAACCAGGGACGCGGUGGCCGAGGGACUAAUAGGUUUACUUGUCCCUGCAGUCGAGGAAGUGGAUCAAAGAGUGCAAGGAGUAAGACAGAGCCAGAUAGAACUACGACAGCAAAUUGAUGCACUUGCUGAAGAUUUGAAGAGAAUAUCACAGAACCAGAGUAUCCCUGUUGAGCUUGAUAGUUACGUGAAGAAAUUAAACAAUGCAAGAAGACGUGUCAUGCUAGUUAAUAAUAUCCUGCAAAAUGCACAGGAGCGCCUAGGAAAAUUACAUCACAAUGUGUCUAAGGAAACUGCGAAGCGUAAGGCGUUACUGGAGCCACCCAAUCCUGGACCUCCAUGAUGAAUACAUACACUGGAACUAUUUUACGAGGAUUUGAAAAAAUCGAUCUUUAUGUGAUCUCCAUUUAUUCAACAUUCAAAUUAUAGGCCAACAAGGAAAUUCACACAGGAUUUCGCGAUCAAUUAAAUAAAAUACGGAAGUUGCCAAAUGAACUAUACCCAGGUAUUGAGAGUAGUCCAACUAAUUAAAAUGGACACUUGUAUGUAAAUAAAAUGUAUCCCACUAUAAUGCUAUUAUACCAGGGGGAUUUUGGAAAUAUUUUGUCACCUUUUGUUUCUGAAUUCAUGAUCUUAUACUUGUUAAACAAGAGUACAUUGAAGUGAAAGACUACAUGCUUUAGAUUGGUGUUAGUAAAGAAGGGAUUCAUCUGAUUAUUGACAGUAAUAUAACAUCAACAUUCCUUAGUGGCUUUGUGCAAUAUUUUAUGUUUUAUUAUUCUAAUACAGCAUUGAAAAUAAAAUUAUAAAAUAAAAUAGUUUGUACAGUUUACAGUAUGAGAUGAUUAACUAAUAAGGUUGAAAAAACCAGGUGUCAAAUGAUGUGUUUCCUGUGCAUUACAUAUGAGCUAAUAGAAUAAAUGCAAUCUUACACAGUACAGAAAAA